AAAGUUAAUGUUUUAUAUAAUUCUGAAGUGAGAAAGAUAGUAUUAAACACUAUUGUUUAUGGUAUGUUACAGGUUAGCUUUCAUCAGCAAAAUAAAUGACAUAAGAGACAAUAAAAACAUGGCUGAUCCUUUUUAUACAGGGGAAUUAUUUAUUGACCAGGGAGUAACAGUGAAGCAAGAGCCAUUGGUAAUGGACAGCACUAGUAGCACAACAGCUAGUGUCCCAAUACCACAUCGUAGAGGCAUGGAUCUUUCAGAUUUUAGAGACUUUGGAUUUGACUUUGUGGAUAUCUCCUCACCAUCUUCUGUAUCUCAAGACAAUACACCAAAUGCUACCAAUAUUGUUAGUGUCACAGAACUGUAUGCAGAGUCUCCAGUGUGGACCACAAAAUUGCCUAGUGAUUGUGAAACCAGUAGAAGUGAUACAUUUCGAAUGGAUGAUGAUGAUAUCUUCCAAGUUGAUAAAGCAGAUCUUAUUCAAGGACCUACACUUGCAGAAUUGAAUGCAAAUGAUGAGAACUUGUUAGAUGAUUUGAAUUUUGAUGAUCUGUUAUUGCCAGAAGAAAAUAGCUACUACAUCAAUGUGCCGCCUUUUGCAUCACAGUCAAGGACAUCUGCUGCUCCUCCACUUGUCCAAGUCACAAAUGUGAACUCUAAUUUAGGAAAUAAUAAUGUAGCACAACUUUCCCAGAGCCUUGUUCCAUCUUCAUUUCCACCAGCUGGACUUGGUUUUUACAAGGAUGCAUUCAGUGUAUCGUCAAGUGUACCAUCCAGCCCAUUGGACGUUUUUUUGAGUGGCAAACCUAGUAAUGGUGUUCAGACAGUUGAUGCUCUUUCACCAGGGAGUCAAAACAGCUCUAGUUCUUCGUUGCUUCUUCAUUCAGCAGCAUCGUCUGUCACCCCUCCACCUCUUGGAGUCAGCCCAUUGCAGCAGAAACACAGUACCCUACAUGAACUUUUACUCAAAAAGGAAACAUACUCUUCAGCGUCACCGGAGAGGCAGCUUUUUGUUCAGUCAGUUCCAGGACCACUCAGCCCAACUAACUCUGUAAGUCCUGUCCCAGAAGUGCCAUCAGGUAGUAGAAUAACAAGAAGCGGUAAUACAGGAUAUGGAUCAAGAUUAUCGUCGUCAGCUCCAACUCAUCUUGGAUUGGAACAAAUUUGGCAGCGCAGGGAACCUCGGCAGCAUCUUCUUUCUACUGGAUCAUUAGCUGAAGCAGGAUCCACUUCUUCAAUCUCUACAGGUGGUAUUUUAAGCCCCGAGUCUCAUGAAUUUUCUCAUGAUGAGGGGUUUGACUCUGAAGAUGACAGCGAUCAUUAUGAGGACUUCUCUUCAGAUGCAGAUUCAAGUGAUGGAGAAGAUGGACCUUCACGAUCUAUGUCAAAGAAAGAACGUUACUUCUGGCAGUAUAAUGUACAAGCGAAAGGGCCAAAAGGGCAGCGGCUUGUGCUUAAGACAAAGCUGGAAGACCCACAUGUCCUGAAUGAAGUAACAGAUCCUGUAUUUAGUCCUCAGUGCUCAGUUCGAGGCAUUAAGCACAGUGGGAAAGCAAGAAAGGGCGAUGGAAAUGAUCUCACUCCAAAUCCACGUAAACUAUAUAAUAUUGGAAAAGAGUUGGACAAACUGAACCGGAUUAUUAAUGAUAUGACUCCAGUCAGUGAACUGCCCUUCAAUGUGAGGCCCAAAACACGCAAGGAAAAAAAUAAGCUAGCUUCCAGAGCUUGCCGACUUAAGAAGAAAGCUCAACAUGAGGCUAACAAGUUGAAAUUAUUUGGACUGGAAAAUGAGCACAAAAGGUUAAAUAUGGGAAUAUCCCAGGUGAAACAACUUCUGGCGACAAAGUGCACUACCGAAAAUCCCGAAAAACAAGAAGAACUGACUAGACAAAUCGAGAAGAUAAGCAGAAAUGUGACAAAAUUCAAGAUUGCUGGUCACACAACAGACUUUGUCAAUAAAGUAUUGGAGAAAAUGAAAAAUGGUGUACCAAAUGGUGGACUGGAUGACCUUCAGAGUAUACAUAUGUAAUGAAUCCAGGUACGUGGGAAUGGAUGACAAUAGUGUUACAAUGAUUAUGAUAAUAAGUGUUAUGAUAACGCUGGAAAAAGUAAUUUCAAUGCCCAUUUUAUGUACUGCAACUUUGGCCACUACUGAGCAAUUGUAAAUGUAAUGUAAAAACAGUGGCCAAAGUGCUCUUACAUAUAUAGUGUUACUUAGUAAGUAGUGUCACUGUGCUGAUUCAAAAAUAUUGUGCUGUAUGUAAAACUUUUUAUGCUCUGUUUCCUUACUAAUUGUAUUAUAUUCAUUGAAUAAUCCCCACA